AUGGAGAAGUCUACAGAGCAACAACGCUGGAGAGAUCCAUUUGCCGGAGAACCACCACGCGACCCAAGUCGUACUUUGCAGGUGAUUGGAGCUGGACUCCCUCGCACAGGGACCAUCUCGUUAACACUGGCGUUGACCUGGGCCUUACAUGGCGACGUAUGUCACGGAGGCUCUGCUUGCCUCCGUGGAAAAGAGCAUAUCAUCAAAGGAUGGACCAAGUGUUUGGAUCCUCCCAAGGAUGUCUCACAAGAGGAAGUCGACAAGACCCUGAAAGACUUGCUCGUCGGCUAUGUUGCGACAACCGAUGCACCUGCCAUCUUCUUCGUCGAAGAGCUGGUUCGGCUGUAUCCUGAUGCAAAGGUGGUGUGCACGACUCGUGAGCCCACUCGAUGGUGGGAGAGCUACCAAGAGCUCAUUAACACCCUGGACAACCCCCUGUUCAUCCUGCUGCAAUUGGUGCAACCGACGCUGCGCUAUUCGCUCGCUUGGAAGUUGGCAAUUGUGAAGCGCAGGCGCCAAAUAUACCCUGCAGAGCUUGAGCCUUUGGGCCCUCAUUUUAUGGAGCUUCACUCAGAUUACCUCAAGCGAGUCGUGCCCAAGGAUCGAUUGCUUUUCUUCGAUAUGAAGGAGGGCUGGGAGCCACUCUGCAAGUUCUUGGACGUUCCCAUCCCCGAAAAGCCUUUCCCUCAAGUCCAUGAUCGGGCCUCGAUGAAGUCCAGCUGGGCUCCGUAUUGGUGGAGAGGCGCUGCAAUCUGGCUAACUAUUCUGGCCGCGGGCUAUGGUCUGAGUCAAGCGGUCUCUUACGCCCGACUUCGGAUGCACUCGUAG